AUAUAUAAAAAAGAUAUACUAAGGACACACCAUAAGAUGACACGUGUCAUUGCUAGUGUGUCUUUUAGUAUAUAGUAGUUAUUGAUAUAUCAAUAAGAUCUAUAAGGAAAAUAUAUCACAAUAAUAUAUUUUCCUAUAUUUCUAUUCCUAACACAUGUUCAUAAUAAUAUCAAAUCGUCAUUUAAUUUGUUAUGUCGGUACAAGCAAACAAAUAUCAAGAUUUCAUAGCGUUGUAUGGAUUCACGUUGAAUCAAUAUUUUACCAAUUAAAUUAUACCAUUAUUCACGUUUGUCGUUGACGUAUGACAUAGUAGGUUCAUUAUUCCAGCACGUUGAAAGAUCUAGACACCAACUACGAGUAGCACACAUUUAUCAAUAGCUUAGAUCAUUAGAGUAAGACUAGACAUUUAUCUAUCGAUAUGUUUAUGAGUAUUACUUGUAGUCGUAAGUCAUAAACAUUAAGUAUCAAUUGGUUGUUGGUGCAAUGACGAUUGGGACUGCACUUGGUAGUGUAGUAGGAAGAACCGUGUGUUUAAUUCCCCGCAACAAUAAUUAGGAAGAUAUUGGAAUCUAAUCACUCGGAGCUAAUCAUAUAUAACCCCAAUUCCAAAUUAGCUCAAAAGGAUAAGGAGAGUUUCUUUUUUAACAAUAAAGAGAGUUUAGAAGUAAGAGAGAACCUAAAUUUUUACAUCUAAGCUCACCAACUUAUCAGUAAAUUAAAGAGUAAAAAUAUUUAUUUCAUCAAGUGUCUUCAUAAUUUGUAGGAUGAACUAAAAAAAAAGAGUAAUUACCCUACAAAAGCGCAUGAAAUUUGAGCCAUGAAUUAAAUUAAAUCCAAACAAAAAAUUACAACAUUUAUAAAAACAAUUAAUUAAUCAUGACAAUUAUAUGUGUUACCUAACCAAGCACCUUCCAACUCCGAACAUCUAGACAAAUGUAAAUCUCGUUAACUAACAAUAAAAAAACAUCUCCUUAGACAUGAAUGAAUUACACCAAAAAUAUUACAAACAACAACAAUCACUAAUUAUUCACCUCACUUUCAUUUCGUACUAUAAAAUUUCUCAUCUUCGUUGUAAAUAAGUUAUUUAUCUUUCAACAUAGAUCUCACAAAUUAAUUUUUUUUUUUAAAUAAAAAAUGAAGCCACGGCGAUUACCACUAGACAGGCCAUGGCUAGCGGUACCAUUAGUGGUGGCAGUAAUGAUCGCCAUGGCAUUUCUAGUCGUAAACUUCAAGUUGGUCACGACGAAGGCCGGGUUGUUCUGUGGGACGACAUCAGCGAUUGAGAGAAAUGUUAUACCAAUACAACUUCAUGCCGUGUUACAUUAUGCUACUACCCGUGACAUACCACAACAGUCUACUGCUGAGAUCCGGGUUAGCUUUGAUGUGUUAUUCUCUCUUUACCCUUGUAAUUUCUUGGUUUUUGGGCUGGGCCAUGAUUCGUUGAUGUGGGCCUCAUUUAACCCAAAUGGGUUCACCAUGUUCCUAGAAGAGGACCCUAAUUGGAUCAAGACGGUUCUCACCAAGGCCCCAAAUAUAAGGGUCUAUCCAGUGGGCUAUAAGACCCAUCUUUAUGAUGCUAAGAAUUUGUUGGCCCAUUAUAAGGCUGAGCCCAAUUGUUUACCCCCUAAGUUGCAUCUUCAAGGUAACACCAAAUGCAGGUUAGUCCUAAGUGAUCUACCAAAUGAAGUGUAUGACAAAGAGUGGGAUGUGAUAAUGAUAGACGGACCAAAGGGGUACCUACCGGACUUGCCGGGGCGGAUGGCAGCAAUCUACACGGCGGCAGUGAUGGCGAGGAUGAGGACGAGGCCAGGGGUAACCCAUGUAAUAUUGCAUGAUGUUAAUAGGAAAGUAGAGAGGGUAUAUGCUCAAAGGUUUCUUUGUAGAAAGUAUUUGGUAAAGGCUGUAGGUAGGCUUUGGCAUUUUGUUAUACCUCCUGCUUCUAAAGACCAGGAUCUAACGCCUAAUACAUUUUUCUGUUGAU